GCGCAACAUGAAAUAAUUAACCUGUGCAUAUGACAGGUUUCUGUAGGGGAGGAGUUUAUGUAAACACCUCGUCUCAGUUAGUGUCCGCUGCAAGAGACGCGAUAAACUCUACAUGGAGAAUCACCUCAAUGAUCAAAGCAGGGAAUGCUCUGCCAGUUCAGACAACAACGACUGCCAGAGAGUUGACCAAUAUGGAUUUGAGAGAUCAGAGGAUUCCAGCUAUGAAUCCAAUGAGGAGCUAAUGUCUGAGUAUUUAGAUGUUGUCACUAGAAGGUCAAAGAAGUGGUCUAAACUUUUGCAGGGCACUGUGAAAGUGGAGAAGAAUCUUAAAGUGAAGCGAUAUGUGAGGAAGGGGGUUCCGUGUGAACAUCGCACUCAGAUCUGGAUGGCAGCUAGUGGAGCCCAGGACCAGUUGGAGAGGAAUCCUGGGUACUAUCAUUCUCUAUUAACGGCUGAGCAUGACCCUAAAAUAGAGGAGACCAUACAUGCCGAUAUGCACAGAACCUUCCCUGACAACAUUCAGUUCCGUGACUCCUCUCAACCAUGUUUACAAAAAGCCCUGUUUAAUGUACUUCUUGGUUAUGGACACCACAAUAAGGAUGUUGGUUACUGUCAGGGAAUGAACUUUAUUGCUGGAUACCUCCUCAUCAUCACCAAAGAUGAAGAGAAGUCGUUCUGGUUAAUGGAUGCUUUACUUGGGAAGAUCUUACCAGACUAUUACACACCAACUAUGCUGGGGCUUAAAAUGGAUCAGGAGGUGCUUGGGGAGCUUGUCAGGAUGAAGGUUCCUGCUGUCUGGCAGGCCAUGAACCGGCACAACGUAAUGUGGACCCUGGUGGUCUCACGCUGGUUCAUCUGCCUAUACAUUGACAUCCUUCCUGUAGAGACAGUGCUGAGAAUAUGGGACUGCCUUUUCUACGAGGGAUCCAAGAUCCUGUUCCGUGUGGCUUUGACACUGAUUGGUCACCAUCAGAACCUCAUCUCACAGGCACAGAGUCUCCCAGAAAUCUGUGAACGCUUCAAACAGAUCACUCAAGGGGAGUACGUAGAAGACUGCCAUAUAUUCAUGCAGAAAAUCUUUAUGGAGCCAGGAGGCCUCUCUACAGCAACAAUCACUAAACUCAGGAAGAUGUGUAGAAAUCGCAUUACUUCUGACAAAAACCAUCCUUCACACUAAAUGGGGAACAUGGACAAAGUUCUGACUGCAUGUGUGAGAUCUAUUAUUUACUAUGUGGGAAAAAAAUGUCACAAAUUAAUUAUAUAAAUGUUUAAGAGAAAAGCUUCAAGGGACACAAUACCAUUCAAAUGUUAAGGGUCGGUAUAGUGUUAUAAUGUUUUUAAAAGAAGUGCCUAAUGCUCACCAAGGUUGAUUAAAAUAUUGCACAAUAUUAGUAUUUUAUAAUUUAAAAUAUUUAAAUGUUUAUAGAUGUAAUGUAUUCCUGUGAUGCAAAGUUGAAUUUUCAGAAGCCAUUACUCCAGUCUUCAGUGUUUUUUUACUGACAAAACUUCUACUGACUGUCAAACUUUUGAAUUCAAAGUCAUUUUCUGAAGUCAUGUUAUUCCAAACCUGUAUAAAUUACUUUCUUCUGUGGAAGAUAUUUUGAUGGGGAGUAAAUGGUGACAAUUUUCACUUUUGGGCAAACUAUCCCUUUAACUAGAAUGCUUUUUAACUGGUUUUUGCCCAUUGCUUUGUUGUUUUACAAUGGUUUUACUGGUUUUCUGUUCAGAUAUACUGUUGAUGAUAUGCAAUGUUUAACUAAUAGAUAUUAAAGAAGCAAACUCA